GCACACUGCUUUGUAUGGCUGUGCUAUGCAGAGCCAUACAAAGCAGUGUGCUGGAGCUGACAGAGGAGAGAUCUGUAUUGGUUACAUACAGUUUUCUCCCCCCACAUGUUAACCCUUUCCUGCCCAGUGCAAUUAGUACAGUCUCAGUGCUUUUUUUUAGCACUGGUCAAUGUAUUUUUGUUACUGGGGAUGUCAGUGACACCAAGUCAGUUCCCCCUAAUGUCAGAAUGUCCGCUGCAGUCCCGCUAUAAUUUGAUGAUCGCAGCCAUUACUAGUAUUUUAAAAAA